AACUAAGUAGACAAAAGGAACAGAAAAAAAAUCUUUGAGCCUCUCUGUUACUGGCUGAGUGCUUUGCGUAUGUUCUCUUGUUUGGCUUUCCUAAUUACCAUUUAAAUCUGAAGAUCCUAAAGCCUGUUUCCUUGACUGACAAUGCACAGAAGGAACUACUUGCCUGAGGACCCCAAGACACAGGGACAGAAUCACAGUUUGAACUGCAAACCUUCUAACUCCAUUCCCUUUGCUCAUAGUACUGCAGCUCCGUCCCUGCACUGGCAGUAGAUUUGGUAGAAGUCCCAUGGAAGGAUUCCUGGAGAGAGAGUCCUGACUCUGAUUCUCCAUCCAGAAAUGAUGUAGCCAGUCAACUACUACUACUUAGUUUGGGGGACAUCUCAGGAACCAAAACUAGUGUUUCCUGGACUAUCAGAGAAUUGAGAACAAUCCUAUUUGGGGAUCAUACACUGACUAUGGUGGUUUAUAAACAAGGAUAACUGAUGACGCCUCCCAGGAAGUCACUGCUUCUCCGCCAGUCACGAAGUUAAAUGAAGGAUGGCCCCUAAGGGUUUUAUCAUGUGAAGUCUUGCUCUCUCUUUUUGGAAAUGCAAAUAAAGAAGAUGAAGGAUAUUGGACAGCAGUUAUAUACCACUCAAGUGAAUGAUGGACAUAAUUCCUUGACCAUGUCCCCCAAACAACCAAAUGCCAGUAGAGCCACUCGACCAGAUAGACAAGAAGCUCAAGCUCUCUUGUGUCAAGGCUCAGAGGCAGAGGCUGCCAUGAUGACCAUCGCUACGUGUAUGAAGUGCAAGAGUGUUGACAAAAUCCUGCUUCAAGAUUUGAAAAAGGGUACUGGGCCAAGCCAGAAGGAAGACAAAUACGUGUGCUUCAGAUGCAACCUCGGUGUGGCCACUUCCCAUUUCCAUUUUGUGAAUAGUAAUCCCAGUGCUACUCCUGUAGGAAAUAAAGCUGAAGCCAUCGCCAGUUCCAUCAAUAACAAAUUUAAGGUAAGGAACUUUAAGCCAGGCAAAUACUAUUGCGAUAAAUGUCGAUUUUCCACGAAGGACCCUCUCCAGUACAAAAAGCACACGCUCCAACAUGAAGAGAUUAAAUUCAUCUGUUCUCACUGCAGCUACAUUUCCUACACAAAAGGGGAGUUCCAGAGGCACCUGGUGAAACAAGGCAUAUUCCCUUAUCAAUGUGAGUACUGCGACUAUGGGGCUAUUCGGAAUGACUACAUCGUCAAACACAGGCGCAGAGUGCAUGAGAGGGCGGGAGGACGGCGACCUCCCAGAACUGUUGCCAAGCUGGAGCCAAAAAGAAUCAGCACAUCGAAACAAAACACAGAGCUCCUAAAAGCUCCCAAUCCAAGGACUGCAUUUCAAAAUAAGUUGUCAGAUCAACUCUCAAGGUUCUCCCUCCAUACAAAUAAAGACAAAAUGCACAAUAUCAUGUUGUUGCCGGAAUCAAAGGAAUACCAAAAAGAUGUAGUGUGUAUUCCAAAUAAAGUGACCCUGAUGGAGCCAAAUGAAGGCAGUCUGUUUGAGAACAAAAGCGUGGAGGUAGAAGUGUUGUCCCCAGCGAAAGAGCCCGUCCAGCCAGGAAUGCCGUUGACAGUGGUGGCACCAGCGGAACUUGUGGUCCCUGCCAACUGCUUGGCCCAGCUGAUCGAUGUGAAGGUCGUCAACGGGACCCAGCAGCUUGUCCUGAAACUGUUUCCUCUGGAAGAAAGUAACCGCCCCGAAGCUGGGGGUGAAGGGGGUCAUUCUGAGCAUAUGAUUAAAGAGAAGGGUUCGGCUGAACCAGAAAAAAUGGUUUCUGCAAGCCAAACAAAGUCACUGGUGAUUGAAGGGAAUGUUGGAAAACUGGCAGGCACUGAUCAUCUUCAAUCGUCAGUUCAGAAACAACUUAAAAAUGUGAAGUGGGUCAGGUCUUAUGAUUUUUUCAUGUCAAAUUCUAGUGUGCACAAUCGAGAAUCCCUUCUCUACCCAGAUACAGUUGAGGACUUCCAGAAAAAAAGUAGUAUCUAUCCACAUAGACCAGCUCUUCCUUCUCUCUCUUUAAGAGGUCAUUCUCCAGCAUCUGGUAAAAACAGUGUUUUCCACAGUUUCAGAGCUGCAUCAAACCCUUUUCCAUAUAAAGCUGCUGUUUCUUUUGCUGAAGAUGGAAGGAACUCACUUGGUGACUCACAGCAGUUAUAUCCCCUGGCUGUGUCACCUGCAACCAUGUCCUUCUCUGGAGAAAAGGGCUUGUUGCCUGUAAGUACAAGUAACUUGGAAUCUAGACAUGAGAUCAGUAUUCCUAUAAAAAUGGUUCCCUCUCAUAGGAAGUUGAAAGACAAGCAGACCGAGGAACACAAGGCAGUUUCAAACACAGGCCAGAUUUCUUCCCAACAUAAAAGCGAAUAUUUACACGUAAAUAUACCAGGAGAGGAUGGAAUCAGGUCUCAGCCGCCUGUGGAGGAGCCUUUAGAAUUAAAGAAUCCUGAAAGGACUAAGGACUCUUUCGAUGGUCCAGUCAUCUCGUCAGUAUUUUCUCUGAGCUCUGGGUCUGAAAACGUCCCUGAGGGCGUUAAGUGGAAUAGUUCAACGUCCAAAAUAAAGUCAAUUGAACUCUUGCGCAGGAAGAUAGCUCAGUUGAUUGAAUCCUGUGGCAAGCCGUCAUCUUUGUCUGCAAAUAAUGCACAUCGCCGUUCUGUAGGGCAGGCAUCGAAGGGAACUUCGCAAGUUGCUCCUGAAGGUAUUCACGAAAUUAAUGUGUCAUUUGCCGGCACUGGCUAUUCCACAGGCACACUCCCGAAACCUCAGGAAGACGGUGGUAUCAAUGGGCCGCUCACUCCUCAGCAAAUAUAUCCACAGUUUAUAGAAGGCAGCAGUGGGAAAACUGAAAGCAGAGUGACCAGGAAGACCCAUGUUACUUCUCCAGUAUUGAUCCCCAAAGGGGCUGUGUUGAGGGUUCUUAAUUCUUCUGAGGAUACCCACAUUAUAGAGGCAACAUGUGAAGCACCGGUCAGCAUACCUUGCCGUGAGACCCAGUUAAUAAAACCCAUUCCGUUCUGCCCAGUGAGACAGACAGACUCAGACUUACCGUCUUUGACAAGUGAAAGUGGGCCCAUAGAUAUGUCCCAAAAUCUUGAUAUACCUCUUCGGCCAAAACCAAGAAAAGAGAGUGCUUUUUGUAGCACCAUGCCUAAAAAAACUGGCCCCCUGCAUGCAGGAAGCAGUGAACUGAGUAAGCAAGGCAAACUGCUUUCUAGAAGUCUUCCUAUAAGUAAAAACAAAACCAAACAAGUGAAUUCAUCCAAGAAGAAAAGCAAAAUCCAGGCUGAUCCCAGCUGCUAUCUCAAGGAUCCUUCAAUUUUUCAGGUUGCAAGACAGCUUCGACUGAUUGCCGCGAAGCCAGACCAGUUGAUUAAAUGCCCCCGUCGGAACCAGCCCGUCAUCGUGUUAAACCAUCCUGAUGUUGACUCUCCAGAAGUCACCAACGUGAUGAAGGUAAUCAAUAAGUACAAAGGCAAUGUCCUCAAAGUCGUCCUAUCAGAGAGGACGAGGUGUCAGUUAGGCAUCAGACGGCAUCAUGUUCGCCUGACAUACCAGAACGCAGAGGAGGCCAAUCAGAUAAAAAGGCAAAUGAUGUUGAAAAUGAAGCUUAAGAAGGUGCAUAAAAACAACUACCAGGUGGUGGAUUCCUUGCCUGAUGACUCAUCGCAGUGUAUAUUUAAGUGCUGGUUUUGUGGGCGGCUUUAUGAAGACCAGGAGGAGUGGAUGAGUCACGGCCAGCGGCAUUUGAUAGAGGCAACUAGAGAUUGGGAUGUUCUUUCUUCCAAGGGCAAAUAAGUAAAAAAUGGUCUUUGAAGCAAAU